AUGCCGAGGUGGUCUUCACUUGGCGUCCCAACGAGCAACGAAGAGCAGAAGGCUCCAAAGGACAUUAUUUCGCAGACGCAGGUCUACGUGCUUUGCAUCCCCUCUCGUCGCAAGCAUGCCGCAAAGCUUAUGGAGCGCUGGGGCUUCGAUGCCGAGCUUGUGAAUGGCCCGGACAAGCACGAGAUGAAUUUAGAUGAGUUGGUUGCUUCGGGCGUUAUUCUGGAGAGCUACCUUGAUGUGAUCUGGCAAGAUGUGGAGUACAUGCCCGAGGGCAAGGUGGCAUGCCACCUCGGGCAUCUGGACAUACUUCGGCGCUUUCUCGCAGACACCAAGAAAGCCUACGCUCUGAUCUUUGAGGAUGACCUAGAGCCAGGACCGCCCGACCUCUCAUCGAGGUUGAGGGAAUUCCUAUCGAGAGUGCCAGCUGAUUUCGACCUGCUCCACCUGGGCUUCGUGCGGGAAAGUCAAGAGGCGCGAAGAGCUGUGGACGGCAGCGGACACGUCUUCCGUUCUGUGGAGGCCUUGGGGCGUCAUGCCUACCUCGUCACAAAGCGGGUGGCUGAGCUCUUGGUUGAGCACACCUUGCCGAUGCACAACCAUGGUGACAAGAUGUUCCAGCAGGUUUACCAAACGUGCAAGCUGAGGGCAUACCAUCCCAGGGAGCCUCUGUUCUACCAAGACAGGAUCAACUUCGAGUCCGAGCUCACGGAGAGGUGGAAGCCUUCACGCGCCUUCCAGCCGACGGCAGAAAAGGACUUCAUCCGUGACUGUGACAGGCCUGAGAUGGAGCGCAGGCAUCGAAGGAAACUUCAAGAGCAGACACAGAUCAUGGCUAUGCAGUCCAAGAUUUCUGCGGCGCUGUUUCUAAACAUUGAUGGAGUGCUGAACACCGUCGGGGAGCCUUUUGCGUCUUCACACUGUGGGCGCGCGGAGAAAGGACCGCUGCAACGACUCGCGCGCGUCUUGCAAAGAGCUCCCAGCUGCGUGGUGCUGACCAGUCCCUGGAGGCUGGACGAGCGUUAUGCUGGUCGGCUUGGCUCUGCCCUGGCACGUGAAGGGGUGUCGUGGAUAAUGGCCGCGCUUGCGACAACACCGGACGGAAGAAGUAGCGGUUCUGAGGAUGAGGAGCUGCGCCUACUGGAGAUCGGAUGCUGGCUGGAAGACAACGCGUGGGUUCAGGAAUGGGCGAUCCUAGACUCUUUCGAUCUCUCGGAGCUUGAUGAUGCCCUGCGUGGCCGUGUGGUAUGCACCAACUACAGCGCCGGGCUACAAGAGGAAGAGGCUGAGGUUCUGGUCAAGAUGCUGGCCGGGACAAGACAGAAGAUGACCGAUCUCCUGUUAACGUCGGGAAACCGGGCUGCAUACAGGCAUGAAGACGUCCUCAUGUUGCAGCCAUGCGCUUAUGGAAAGUGUGAUGAGCGCGGACAUCGAUGCCGAUUGAAUCAAGGACAGUUCUUCCAGGAAGCAAAAGCUGCCACCUCGCCGGGCAACUUGGCCAAGCACAUGUCAGGGGUGGGGCUCACGGUCGAGAGCUUGAACACCAUGCAGGUUCGUUGGCGCUUUCCCAUGGAUUUGCUCCACGACCGAGAUGCUGGCCUCUUGGACGAGAUGGAGGGAGAGGCUUGGCAGGCCACUUUGUCCUUCUUCUCGGACGAGCAGUGGUUUCAACUCGCCGCCAUCCCAAUAUCAGUUGCAUUUGCAGUGGAUUGUGCUGCCUCUGAUGCCCUUCCAUCACUCGAAGCCGAGCUGAAACAACAAUUGUGUUUUUUUGUCUUCGGUGAUGCUGAGUUCUCCAGUAGGAAGCUUCUGGAUGGACUACAUGCCCAGCGAGGCAGAUGGUUUCCUUUGGAGUACGUCAGAAGAAUCUUGGAUGAGCUCGUUGCAGAGGGGAAGACGUUCGACAUACGCGCGGACACGCCGGUGGACGAGAUCAUCCAAUACUUCAACAGCAAGGGCGAAGUUUGGGCAGAAUGUUAUCAGAAGUACUGCGCCAGCUAUGCCCUGAGCAACUGGAAGGCAGAGGACUUCAAAUACGUGGUCCUCGAGGGGCAAGUGCAUGAAAUUCAGGAGGCUCUUCCGGGAGGUCACGUGCGUGUGGGCAAUAAGCUACACCUCGAUCCUGUCAGCCUCCACAACGAGGACAAGAUGCUACUCCAAAACUACGGCCGUCGAAGCGAAAGUGAUGGUGGUAAACCAUCGGGUACGUACUACAAGCAUCACAAGGCGCUCAAGAUCGGAGAUGGAGGGCUUCUUGGCGCAGUUCGCGAAAAAUCUUGGGUCUUCAUUCUCUCUUUUGGCUUGAUUACUGAAGAAGAUGCCGCCUAA